UAUUAACUGGAAACAAACACCGCACCUUCUUUGCUUGUUGUCUAAUUCAAAAAUCAACCGAGAAGAUCCUCAAGAUUCUUGAUGAAAUCUGCAGGAUCUUGCUUUCCGAACUGUACAGAUAUCCUCAAGAUUUGUCUCUCAAUGCCUUCCCAUUUAAAAGUCGCUUACCCUUUUCUUCAUUUUCAUCAUCAUCUUCAUCUCUCAACAUCUUCUACCUUAAUUUUAACGCAAGAAAAAAAUAUUCAAUCAUGGGUAUGGCUACUGCCGAAACUCAACCUCAGUUUCAUGUUCUUGCUGUUGAUGACAGCGUUAUUGACAGAAAGUUGAUUGAGAAACUCCUUAAAACUUCUUCUUAUCAAGUUACUGCUGUGGACUCUGGGAGUAAAGCCCUGGAAUUUUUGGGUUUGUUGAAUGAAGAAGAAGAGAUAAAUUCAGAAUUUGCUUCUUUUUCUCCUCAUCAUCAUGAUAUAGAAGUCAAUCUGAUUAUUACAGAUUACUGUAUGCCAGGAAUGACUGGCUAUGAUCUCCUCAGAAAAAUCAAGAAAUCAGCAUCAUUGAAAGAUAUUCCAGUUGUGAUAAUGUCCUCAGAAAAUGUUCCUUCAAGAAUUAAUAGAUGUUUGGAAGAAGGAGCUGAAGAAUUCUUUCUGAAGCCGGUUCAAUUAUCAGAUGUAAGCAAGCUUAAGCCUCAUCUCAUGAAGGGAAAAUCAAAGGAGAAUAUUAAUGGUGAAAUAAACAAUAACAAGAGAAAAGGCAUGGAAGAAAUUAGCUCUCCUGAUAGAACAAGAACAAGAUACAAUAACACUAAUGGCUUGGAAGUUAUCUAAUUGGGGCCACAAGUUAAAUAAUGUUUUCUGAUUUACUUUUAAUUUGUAGGAUUUUAAUUCCUGCAACAAUUUUAUCUGUUUUUAUUUUUGUUCUAUGAUUUUACUUUUAUUUUAACCUUGAUUGUACAGUUUCUCCAUAUAAAUUUUUUUAUUGGGAGAGGGAGAUAUAGGUAUAUAAGUUAUAAUAAUGAGACUUACUUUGGAUUAUUGUAAUUUUAUUAUCAAAAGAAAAAUAUUCAUUCAAUUUUGUAUCAUUAUUUUUUUUUUUCAUGAUA